UUCAUUUUUCAAUGUCAACAUUCGUAUAACAUUGCUGAAAGCCUUAUUUGAUGUAUCUAAGGACAUUGAAACACGCUCGGUCGCUACAAAGGCAGCUCAAUUAGAAUCAACACAAUUACCAGAGAACGAAGAUAAUGAUCAACUUGAAACCAUUGUUCAAUGGGACGCAUCUAAUCAUCUCUUGGUAUUCUUUUAUCACAAACUCCCGUGA